UCAACAAAAUUUUAUCCAAAAACACAAGGCGAGACUUUUGCAUAUUUUCUUUUUUUAAAAAAACACGUGGCACCAAACUAUAAAGGAGGAAAAAUAUACUUAUCAAAAAUCAAAAAGAAAAAAAAAAUUGGCUUGGUUGCUGUUUAUUUAACCAUUUAAUAAUAAAAAGAAAUAUAUGCUAUUUUCGUAUUUCAGUUUCAGUUAGAAUAGGAUUUUGGAGAUUGAUUCCAAAUCUACCCUAAAUCUGGAAUAUUAUGUUCAAGAUCGUCCUUUUCCGAUUGUGAUUCGUUCACAGUGUCCCCAAACCCUAAACAUGAUUUACACAAAAGCUUUAUUCCUCUCUUUCUUGUUUUAGUUACACACACAUAAGCAUCAUAAAAAUACAUACCCAUAAACUAUAUUUUACGUAAACUCUUACAUUACAUAGCAGAAAAGAUCUUUUUUUCUUCUUCUUUUUUCUCAAGAAUUUGAAGAAGAUGGACACAGAUGAAGGGAAACUAUUUGUUGGAGGAUUAGGAUGGGACAUGAAGGAAGACAAACUAAGAGGGUAUUUUAGCCAUUAUGGAGAACUUACACAUGCAAUAAUCAUGCGUGAUAGAGUCACUGGAUUAUCUAGAGGAUUUGGCUUUGUUGUUUUCUCUGAUCCUUCUGUUAUUGAUGUUAUUCUAAAAGAGAAACAUGUCAUUGAUGGUCGUCAGGUGGAAGCUAAGAAGGCUUUACCAAGACAACAACAGCAGAGCUUGAGAUCGCGACUUCCUCAUGCCAGUGAAGAUAGAAGACCAGAAGGGAAUACCAGAACUAGAAAAAUAUUUGUUGGCGGGCUACCUUCGUCCCUUACUGAAGAAGAGUUUUGCCAGUACUUCCAAAGUUAUGGUAAUGUGACAGAUAAAGUAAUAAUGUUUGACCCAAACACUGGUCGCCCUCGAGGAUUUGGUUUCAUCACCUUUGACUCAGAAGAUGCUGCUGAUAAAGUUCUUCAUAAAAACUUUCAUGAACUGAAAAAUAAGCUAGUGGAGGUAAAACGUGCCCUGCCUAAAGAAGCAAAUCCUGCAGGCAAAGCUUACCCGAGUUAUGGUUCUUCUGAUCCCAUUAGGUUUCCGCAGCCUGCUUUUUGUGGUUACACUCCCUAUAACAGCUACGGAGCUCUGAAUUAUGGUUAUGGUUACGAUCCUUAUACUUGGUACGGUGGAUUAUAUAUGAAUCCAUCUUUGGCCGGCAUUGGUUAUGCCACAAGAAACCAGUGGGGCAGCCAGAAUCUUGGGUAUGGGGAUUUCUAUAAUUUAAAUGCAAGUUAUGGAGCUUCUAAUCCGUGGGGUGCUUCAGCCAAUCGUGGUGCUGUUUUGGCAUCAACUAGUACAGCUCAGGGUCAAAAUGGGAAUCAGGGAAAUGGUUACUGCAGCUACACAGAAAAUGAAGGCCCUUUCACUGAUUCUGAUGGUAACGAGACUGGUGAUAGGCAUACAGGUAAUACUCCAAACAGCAGCAGUGGUGAGACGCCUACCCAGGCAGGGCAACACGAGGCAAAUGGGCACAACACAGAAACAAUCUCUGACAACAGUAAUGGUUCUCCAGGGGUUCCAGAUGCAGCUUCGGUUUCCGAUAAAUAAGAAAUAUCGGGUUAUUGUGGUUAAACUGAGGGAACACUGACAGCACUGACCAUAUCAUUUAACACCACCAGUUCGGUCACAAUAGAUCCGAUGACUGGUUGAAUUGCUCUGCAGUCUAUGUUGUGUUGUGUAACAGUUACAUUUACAUUCCUACAGAUGACUAGUGUUGGUUUAAACUGGUGAUACAAUGUAUUGUCUGUUGAAUGUUUUGCUCUUAUCUGAAUGAUUAUGUUUCUU